UCCGGGCGGAGCCGCUCUGCUGCUGCGGAGAAUAACAGUUGUAGCAAAGCAGCUAAUCGACUUGUGAAAAAAGAAAAAGGUUCUGUCUGGCUGUCCAGAGGAUUAGGAGACAUGUUUUCCUCCGUGCUCUCAUAAACCGUAGAAGAUAUCCCCCAUGUCCAUAAAGCCGGCCCUGGUGACAACAUCAACGAACAACGUCAAUUACUAGCUGUCUUUAGCUAGUAAUGUCUCUAACGUUACCAUCCUCCGAAAUGCUGGAAACACCCCCUGGAUAUCCAUUCGAAGAAAUCAAUUAUGAGGAUAUUGAAGUUGAAGAGGUGGUUGGCAGAGGAGCAUUUGGGGUUGUCUGCAAAGCCAAGUGGAAAGGCAAAGAUGUUGCGAUCAAGACCAUUGAGAGUGAAUCUGAGAGAAAAGCCUUUAUUGUUGAGCUCCGACAGCUUUCACGUGUGAACCACCCCAAUAUUGUGAAGCUAUAUGGCUCUUGCAAUAAUCCAGUCUGCCUUGUGAUGGAAUAUGCAGAAGGUGGAUCAUUGUACAAUGUGCUGCAUGGUGCUGAACCCCUCCCUUAUUACACUGCUUCCCAUGCCAUGAGCUGGUGUUUACAGUGUUCCCAGGGCGUGGCCUAUCUCCAUGGCAUGAAACCAAAGGCUCUCAUUCACAGGGACCUCAAGCCACCCAAUCUGCUUUUAGUGGCAGGGGGCACCGUGCUGAAGAUAUGUGACUUUGGAACAGCAUGUGACAUUCAGACCCACAUGACCAACAACAAAGGAAGUGCAGCAUGGAUGGCUCCAGAGGUAUUCGAAGGCAACAAUUACAGCGAGAAAUGUGACGUGUUUAGCUGGGGCAUCAUUCUCUGGGAAGUCAUCACUCGCAGAAAACCUUUUGAUGAAAUUGGAGGUCCGGCUUUCCGCAUCAUGUGGGCUGUUCACAACGGAACAAGACCUCCACUAAUCAAGAAUUUGCCCAAACCCAUCGAGAGCCUGAUGACUCGCUGCUGGUCUAAAGACCCGUCUCAGCGGCCUUCCAUGGAGGAGAUAGUGAAGAUUAUGACUCAUCUAAUGAAGUACUUCCCAGGAUCCGACGAGCCCCUGCAAUAUCCAUACCAGUAUUCCGAUGACGGACAGAGCAACUCUGCAACCAGUACAGGUUCAUACGUGGAAUACACCGCCACCAGCACAAGCAACAGAAGUGACGCCAACAUGGAGCACAGCGAUUCUCAAGGGAGCAACGACACAAUCAAGAUCACACCUCAGUUUGCACCUUAUUUCAAGCCAAAGGGAGACCCAAGGACUCUGUCCUUAUCAAGAGGGGGUAGUGUCGAGAGCCUUCCAGGACGAACUCUGGCUUCCUCCGAUAAAAGAAUGAGUGCUGACCUGUCCGAAUUGGAGUCCAAGACGUCAUUUGGACCCGCAGCACACCCCCAGUAUAAGCGAGGCCACCGUAAAACUGCAUCUCUCGGAACCAUUCUGGAUGUCCCCAAGAUCAUCGUCACAGCCACAUCUGAAACUCAAAGACCCCAGUCGGUGCAGGAUCUUCCAGGCAUCAGCUCAGAGUCCAGCCAGGGGAGCAGGAACAGCAGCCGGUCCUCCAGUCCCAGCGUGAGAAUGAUGCCCCCAGACAAAACCAGCGGCCGAGGCUACUUCUCGCCCGACGAGCCCACAGACACUAACGGCUCCGACAACUCCAUUCCCAUGGCUUAUCUCACCUUGGAUCACCAACUGCAGCCUCUGGCUCCUUGUCCCAACUCCAAAGAAUCCAUGGCCGUGUUUGAGCAGCACUGCAAGAUGGCCCAGGAAUACCUGAAGGUGCAGACGGAGAUCGCCCUGCUCAUCCAGAGGAAGAAGGAGCUCAUCGCUGAACUGGACCAAGAUGAGAAGGACCAGCAGAACACGUCACGCCUGGUGCAGGAGCACAAGAAGCUGCUGGAGGAGAACAAGAGUCUGUCCACGUACUACCAGAAGUGCAAAAAGCAGCUGGAGCUGAUCCGGGUGCAGCAACAGAAGAGGCAGGGCACGUCCUGAGGAGGCAGAGAUGUAGAAAGCGCUACCCGCCCCCACGCCCCCUCCCUUCCACCUCGUCGUUCCUCUUCCCCCUUCUGUCACACUGCCCACUCUGCUUGUCCAGCACACUCUCACCGACCCGGUCCAGCUUGGCCAGGAGACCUGCAGCUCUACCGUGUCCUGCAUGCUGCACCGUAGAGCCGGCAGGACGGCCGCUGCCCGCUGUACAUACAUUUGCACAUCUUCACAGUGUCUUCUGUGAGCACAGACCAAACAGUCCCUGCCCCCCCCCCCCCUUCAGGACGGACCAGGACGAGUGCGCGGGGGGGGGUGUUUCUGGUGUUUCUGGCCCUCGGGGCGUCCGGGCUGCCUCGUCAGGGUUGCGUUUGCCAACGCCAUACUCCUCAGAAUGUGAAAAAUCAAGACAAAGACAUGCAAGCCCGUCUGCAGAAUACGAGAAGCAACGAGAAUGUUUGACAUGUGCUCUGCAGGGCGCACAUGGAGUCAUUAUGCAUAACGAAAAUUCCCCUCCUCGAAACGUGUUAGUCUUUAACAUCGGCCUUUUUUGCAGCAGUCACAAGCGCGAGCCCCGUCGCAGACCUCGGGUCAGGUGUCCCAGCAGGAGGAAGAGCUCUAGUUUCAACGAUCUUCUCCUCAGAGCCAACACCAGGAGCUGUGGAUUCCCCCUUUUAUUUGACCUCAGUAUUGUUUUGUGUGUCCAUGAUUUUGUAUUUUGUAUUCAGUAGUCGACCCAUUACGAUAGCUCUUGUGUAUUUCUUGCAUUAGGACAUGAACGAUCAGGUCUGGGGAGGCCCGUGCAGACAAAAGUGGACGAGGCUUCACUUCACGUUACAGUAUCAAGUUUCUUUUAGUUCACAUGUUGCCUUAGAAGUUGCCUGCAUUUAAGUGCUUGUGUUAUGUGACAUCUAGUAGGGAUAAAGGAUAAUGUACCGGACAUUAUAGAAAUACCUUCUAAAGAGGAGGAAAGUUGGAUGUGUGUCAGGAAGCUGGUAAUGUAAAUGUUCCCUUACAGCUUUACAUCUAAGACAUCUAUUACAAGAUUUGUUUUCUUGAUGUCUCAUAUCCAUCAUAUAUUUUUGCACAAUCACCUUGUUGGUCUUGUCAUAUAAAGUUUUAUUGCUAUUUAAGCUAUUUUUAAAAGUCAAAGACAUGACGAGUCUCUCUUUUAAAAAACAAAUCCCCAGGUCCUUCUGACCGAUUAUCACAUUAUUCAAACGCCACAGUUGAGAAAUGUUCCAGCGUUACGGGGAUAGGAGGUACAAUAUGACAGGAAGCAAGGCAUUAUAAAAUAAACUAAAUGGUGAAAAGAGA